AUGGCGUUGAACAACGGGCCUGAUGAGAAGGGCGUCGCUCACAUGGACGAUCGCCGUGAGAGCAUCGCGGCUCAGCACAUCCACGAGGUCAACGACAGCGCAGAGCUCCGUGGCAUCCUCACCGCAGCCGAAAAUGCCGCCGCCGCAGAACACAACAUGACUUUCAUGGAGGGUCUCCGUGCCUAUCCCAAAGCCAUGGGCUGGUCAAUUGCCCUCUCCACCUGCAUCAUCAUGGAGGGCUACGACACCAUCCUCAUCGGCAACCUCUACGCCAUGAAGCCCUUCAACGAGUACUACGGCCACCCAGACGGGAAGGGGGGAUACUCCAUCUCCGCCGCUUGGCAGUCCGGCCUUACCAACGGUGCCAGUGUCGGCGAGAUUCUAGGCCUGUACGCUAGCGGCUGGCUUGCCGACCGUUAUGGAUACAAGAAGGUUCUCGCGGCGGCGCUUGUCAUGAUGACUGCCUUUAUCUUCAUCCAGUUCUUCUCUGUCAGCCUGUCGAUGCUGCUUGCCGGCGAGAUCCUCUGCGGUCUUCCAUGGGGCGUCUUUCAGACCCUUACUACGACCUACGCCGCUGAAGUUUGCCCUAUUCACCUUCGUUGCUACCUCACAACCUACGUCAACCUCUGCUGGGUCAUUGGACAACUCAUCGCCUCGGGCGUGCUGCGUGGAUGCAUCAGUCUGGAGAGCAAAUGGUCGUACAAGAUCCCCUUUGCUGUCCAGUGGGUAUGGCCCAUCCCCAUUCUCAUCGCUGUGCUGCUUGCCCCAGAGUCUCCUUGGUGGUACAUCCGCAAGGGCCGUGUCGAGGACGCUAAGCGAUCACUGGAGCGUCUGCAGAGCAAGGGCACAAGUGUCAAUGCUGACGAUACCGUCGCCAUGAUGGUCCACACCGACAAGGUUGAGAGGAAGAUCAGCGAGGGAACUGGAUACUUGGACUGCUUCCGAGGAAAGGUCAACCUCCGCCGAACUGAGAUUGCUUGCCUCACCUGGAUCUGCCAGACCAUCUGCGGUUCCUCCUUCAUGGGCAACUCAACAUACUUCUACGAACAAGCUGGUCUCGCCGAAUCAUCUGCCUUCACCAUGACAAUCGGUCAAUUCGCCCUAGGAUUCAUCGGCACCGUGCUUUCCUGGCCGUUGAUGGCCCGCGUCGGCCGUCGCAAGAUCUACGUCUGGGGUCUCUUCUUCCUCACCGUCAUCCUCUUCGUCACCGGCUGCCUAGGCAUUCCUGCAAAGGCACCUGGUUACUCCUGGGCAAUCGGAUCGCUUCUCCUCGUCUACACCUUCACCUACGACAUCACCGUCGGUCCGGUCUGUUACUCCCUCGUCGCCGAGCUGCCAUCCUCUCGACUUCGCCAGAGAACCAUCGUGUUGGCCCGAAACGCCUACAACAUCGUCGGUGUCGCAUACACCAACAUCAUCGGCUUGUAUUCGCUCAACCCGACGGCUUGGAACUGGGGAGCCAAGUCGGCGUUCUUCUGGGCUGGUAACUGCGCUUUGUGUUUCCUGUGGGCUUACUUCCGACUUCCUGAGCCCAAGGACCGCUCUUAUGCUGAGCUUGACAUGCUGUUCGACCAGGGUGUCUCGGCGAGGAAGUUUGCUACGACCUAUGUCAACCCUUAUGAGGUGACCGAGCGACGAGGUGACCAUGAUUCCGACAUCAAGGAGAAGAGUAUGAGCCAUGUCGAGUGA